AUGUUCUUGCCUCUGUGCGUACGGGACCAAUUGUAUUCUAUCGUGGUCUGCGACGCCGUUGCUAUCAUUGCCUCAAUGACCGUGAUGCUACCACUUGCUGUCAAACAUUGGAUAUUUGUCCAUAAGGACACCGAGAUACCAGAAUACAACACAGUGAUCGAGCCUCAACGGCUUGGUUUUGGAUACCAAGAACCUAAAAUCGGGAUCAAGGGUUGGGUUUGCCAGCUUGAACAAGCUCUGUACGACCGUCGAGACUCAGCCACACUCUGGAACAAAGAGCUCGAUACAAGAUUAAACAGAGUCGACUUCUACACCCUCGAAGAUGACGUCUAUGUCAAAGGGGAGGACGAAUCGGUGUGGUCCCUACUAAUUCACGUGGAUGACUUUGUUGCAGCAGCCCCGAUAGACGAGGAAGUUAAUCAAUUCUUUCAACUCGUGAAGGGGUAA